AUGCUUGGAAAACCAACAAGCCCUGCAAUCUAUCAACCCUGGAGCAUCAUACAGAUUGUGGAGUUGGUUGUUUUCUUGCCACUCAACCUUGUUCCGUACGUUGGUACGCCGGCGUUCAUCGUCAUCACGGGCACCAGACUUGGCAAGCUUUCCCAUUAUCGGUGGUUCCAGCUUCGCGGGCUUUCAAAAGAAGAACAAAAGAGAGAGAUCAAGAACUUGACCUGGGAUUAUGUCUGGUUCGGCACUGUCGCAAUGAUUCUUGAGCUGAUACCCAUUCUUUCGUUCUUCUUCCUCCUGACGACAACGACGGGAUCCGCGCUGUGGGCCGCAAGAAUCGAGGACGAGCGAAAAAGGACGGGAGUUGAUUCGCUUAUUGUCAAUGAGGACAUCCCGACCCAAUCUGCGCCUGAUUACUCCGAUCACAUGGCAUAA